GAGCAAGGAAACAAAGUUAUCUACUUGGGUUGGCACCAAAUCUAUAGCUGAGAAGUAAUAAAGCUUGGAACUGCCAUGGCAGCACUGAGCUACCCAUUUCAGCCCACAAACUGCAGGAGUACUUGCAGAAUUAGAUUCAGGUCUCCCAUCUCUUGCUCAUUCCAACCUUCACAGAGCAACAUUAAGGUAGUAAUCAAUGGUGCAGUCAAGGAAAUAGGUCAAGCUGCAGUAGUUGCAGUGACCAAAGCUAGAGGAAUGGAGGUUGCUGGUGCCGUGGAUUCUCAUCUUGUAGGAGAAGAUAUUGGAAUUAUAUGCAAAAUGGAGGAAGCUCUGGAAGUACCUGUCAUAAAUGAUCUCACCAUGGUUCUGGGUUCCAUCUCUCAGUCAAAAGCAACUGGGGUUGUGGUCGACUUCACUGAACCUUCCACUGUUUAUGACAAUGUCAAACAGGCAACAGCCUUUGGCAUGAAGAGUGUUGUUUAUGUGCCUCGGCUUAACUUAGAUACAGUAACUUCGCUAUCUGCGUUGUGUGAGAAGGCCACCAUGGGUUGUUUGGUGGCCCCUACAUUGUCUAUUGGAUCUAUACUCCUCCAGCAAGCUGCCAUUUCAGCAUCCUUCCAUUACAAAAAUGUAGAAAUUGUUGAAUCAAGGCCAAAUGCUUCAGAGCUUCCAACACCAGAUGCAGUUCAGAUUGCCAACAGUCUUUCUAAUCUUGGCCAGAUGUACAAUAGGGAAGAUCUUUCAACAAAUGUUUUGGCAAGGGGUCAAGUUCUGGGAGAAGAUGGAGUCCGCGUUCACAGCUUGGUCCUUCCAGGGCUUCCCUCCAGCACAGCGGUUCACUUCUCUGGGCCAGGGGAGGUUUAUUCUCUUAAGCACGAUAUAACAGACGUAAAGUGCCUUAUGCCAGGCCUACUACUGGCCAUCAGGAGAGUAGUGCGGCUCAAGGUAACCAAUAGCUUCAAAUUUCCUCCCCUGUUCUCUUCAAUUCCUCAGCCCUGUUUGAACAAGAAGUUUUUAAGGGUCUUUCUCCUGUUUUCUUCUUUCUUCAACAGAAUCUGGUGUAUGGCUUGGAGAAGUUUCUGUAGAGACUCAAUCUUCUUCAGCCUCCUUUAAUCGAAGAGAAAACACCACAGAGGAGACUCAUGGCUGUAGGCUUGAACAGAUAGAGUACAUUACUGCUGAGAGCAAAAACAUUUUCAACUCCAGAUGUAAAAGAUAAAUUAAGCAGAGAGAAACAAUACUUUGAACUAUCCAUGUCCCCCUACACAGAUGUAGAAGAUAAACUAAUUGAAAAUUUUCCCUGUUAUUUGGUUUUGGUCUAAGUGCCAGUAAAAGAAUUUUUGUGA